UGCAUAGUCUAUAAAACAGUGACCAGAAUCUAAGCACAUCAAAUAAAAAUGUCUUCAGGACUUCUUCUUUUGACGGCCGCUUUCUGUACGGGUCAGUGUUUAUUAGUCAGGGAGACGGUUUUCGGGAAUGUCCGUGGAAAAAUAUCUACACGUGUUCCAGAAAGACAAGUUGAAGAAUAUCUUGGUAUUCCAUAUGCAUCUCCACCUAUAGGUCAUUUACGCUUUAAGAGGCCACAGGACCCAAUGAUAUGGGAGCCUUUAGUUUUAGAAACUACUGAACUCCCACCAGCAUGUCCGCAGCCGUAUAUCAAAUAUAUAGAUUUUCAUAAGCCAGGGUUUAUGAAUUUUGAUGAAGACUGCCUUUAUAUGAACAUUUAUGUACCAAAGGUUGAUAAAGUGGCACUGCCAGUUCUGUUUUUUAUUCAUGGAGGUGGAAACGCAGUUGGAAUGGGAGCCAUGUUUGAUGGAGAUAUACUUGCGGCACAUGGAGAGAUAAUUGUUAUAACCUUUAAUUAUAGACUAAACGAUCUUGGGUUUUAUGCAGAUCCAAGUAUUGGAAUAAAGGGUAACAACGGUCUAAUGGACCAAGUUUUGGCUAUGAAAUGGGUAAACAGAAAUAUCGAGUAUUUCAAUGGCGAUCCAUCAAAGGUUACCAUACAUGGCCAUAGUGCUGGAGCAAUAGAUGCGGCUCUUCACUUACUCUCAAACUUAACUGAAGGUUUAUUCAGAAAUGCAAUUAUUCACAGUUGCUCACCAUUUUCAAUUUUGGCGUUAUCUCCUUGUGUGAGGACAACUCGAGUGUCAGCAAUCCCAGAAGACUGCAUACCUGGAACGAGUUAUGUUUACCGUGAUGAAGAACAGGAUGCUAUUAAUAAAUUGAUAGAAGGAGGUGCUGUACAUGAAUAUCUUUCAACAAAUAGGCCUGUGAAUAAUUGGAUAGUUGUUGACGGUGAUUUUUUAACAGACAGUCCGGAAUAUUUGUUUACCUGUGGAAAUUUUCAUGCUGAUUCAGUGUUAAUCAUGAUGACACGAGAUGAAUCGUGGCCAUUAGAUAUGUCAGAAUUAGAAGAAAUGGGUGAAAGGCAUUCAUUAUUUAACAAAACUGCAAUAAUCGAAGGGCUAGCAUCUUUAUUUCCAGAAAGACCUGAAUUCAAAGACGCCAUUAAAGAAGAGUUGAAGAAAUGGAAAACCCUAGAUCUAUCAAGAUAUCCUGAAUCUAUGGUGAUGUAUUCAGAUGUGGUUAUGUUUGCGCCUAUGAUGAAACUUGCAGAUAUGAUUGUUCAAAAGAAGAACGUUUAUACACUCAGUUUUGAGUAUAUUUCACAGAAUAAAAGCGGACCGGAUUGGAUAGGGGUACAGCAUGGUUGGGACUUGUUUUACGUAUUUGGCUUACCAACAAUCGGACACCCAAACUUUUCAUACACGCCACGAGAUGCAGAUGUGUCAAAAUCGACAAUGAGAAUCAUCAGCGAUUUCGUCAAAGAAGGGCAUUGGGGAUCAUAUAGUGGGUUGAAUAUCUACAAUCCGGAAAGAAAAUCUUACAACAAACUGGAUUAUGCCAAUGACCAUGUCGUUUUAACAAACGAAUUCAACUUUAAACAACCAAGAUUAUCAUUUUGGUACAACUAUUUGUUCCCUUCAAAUUUCACUUGCGACAUCAGCAGUUAAAUGUAGAUUAUAAUGUGUAUGUGAAGUCAUUAAAAACGACAUAGGGAAAAUAAAAUGAGUCAUCUUAUUGAAAUUCAAAUGUACACUUUCGACAAUUGUAGACUUUUUAAUACUUUAAUAAUUAAGUCCGGGAGAACAUUUUGUGCUUUGUAGUUGUAAUUGACUGUGCUCUUGCUUUCAGUAACUGCAUGUAUUCUUUUAUAGGUUUUGUCUCCCUUAAUGCUUAAUGUUAUUCGUUCUUGGUGUCAAUCUGAUAAAUCAGGCCAUUUCCUGCGUAUUUUAUCAGUUUGUUUUUAUGAUGUGCUGUUAUACUACUGUCCUUUUUUAAAAGUUGAUUGCUCACAAACAUGUUUACUUCAGUCUUAUUCUUUAUGUUUUUGUCUCAAGAUGGGCAAGUUGGUUGAUCCGUUAUAUUUGUUUUUCUAUUAUUGCUUUGUAUACAAUAAUAUUGAAUUUCUAAUUAAUUAUUUAACAUUUCGACAUGUCGAAUCGUUUUGUGUUCAGUGUUUUUGAAU